CACUGCAGCUUGCGUGGUAGUUCGUGUAUUGCUGAAAUAUAUUUUACAAUUGAUGAUGUUGAUUAAAAUGGAUCUUCGUAAUAGGUGUAUAAGUCUAUCAUCCUUUUUACUAACCUUUUUCAUAUUAUUAUCUCAUGUUAAAGGUCAUGUUUUAACAAAGCGCAAGGCUGUGGAUGUAGACUGUGUGGAAAACGGGAAAUAUUACAGAAAUCCAGAUUCCGGGCGCCGGAAUUGUUAUACGUAUUAUUUCUGCCUGGGAGGAACUGUGUUCGAAUAUGCUUGCGCAGGUGGGCUUAUGUUCGAUAUCCGGCAGCAGAUCUGUAAUUUUGAGGAUCAAGUGAAAAACUGUGAAGAUGGCAAUGAAGCAACCAGUCCGCGUCCCAGGUUGAACACGAUCGAGCCGAUUUGCCCACCGGGUCAGCUGGCGUGUGCCGGUGGUCAGUGCAUAGACAAAACCCAGUUUUGUGAUGGAAACAACGACUGUGGAGAUGGCAGUGACGAGUCGGUGUGCGAUUUCAAGGAAGAUCCCAAUUUGGCGCCAACAUGCAACCGUACGUUCUGUGAGCUACCCGAUUGUUACUGCAGCACCGGUGGCGCUACUCCGCCGAUAAAGGACAUAACCACCAUUCCACAGAUGAUCAUUCUCACAUUUGACGACGCUAUCAAUGUACAAAACUGGGACCUGUACAAUACAAUAUUUGCCGCCAAUCGGACGAAUAAGAAUGGCUGCCCAAUUCGUGGAACUUUUUUCGUGUCGCAUGAAUACUCAAACUACAUGUACGUGGAAACCAUGUGGAAAAACGGGCACGAAAUUGCUUCCCACAGCAUCAGCCAUCGGCAACCAGAAAAAUGGUGGAGUAAUGCAUCCAAAGAUGAAUAUACCGCAGAAUUCGAGGGCGAACGCAGUAUACUGAGCCAGUUUGCCAAUAUUCCCAUGAGUGAAGUAAAGGGCAUGCGUGUGCCCUUUCUGCGACCGGGAUGGAACGCACAGUUUGACAUGAUGACCGACAGCGGCUUUUUGUACGAUUCGUCAAUUGUUGCUCCAGCAUCAACACCGCCAUUGUGGCCUUACACUUUGGACUUCCGCAUUCCGCACAAGUGCAGCGGCUGGGAGCAGAAAUGCCCCACCCGUUCCCAUCCAGGUGUCUGGGAACUUGUCAUGAACCAGCUACAAACUAAAAGUGGAUUCUGGUGCUCCAUGAUCGACAACUGUCCAGGUGAAACCAAUGCCGACCGCAUGUACGACUUCUUUAUGACCAACUUCAAGAGAUAUUAUGAAUCCAAUCGUGCUCCUUUUGGCUUGUACUUCCAUACCUUAUGGUUCGAUCCAGAAGCCCACCAAAAAGCUUUCCUUCGCUUCCUGGACGAGGCAGUGGCCAUGCCGGAUGUGUGGGUGGUCACCGAAUGGCAGUUGGUGGAAUGGAUGCGUAACCCCACCCCUUUAAGCCAAAUCUCCCAGUUCGGACCCUGGCAGUGCAAUGAUCCCCAGGAUAUCCGUAAGCUAGUCGACCCGCCUUGCCAGAUUCCUAACUACUGCCAUCUCUCAUCACCCGAAGUGAAGGGCGACCGUUACAUGGCCACAUGCAAUGCAUGUCCGUCACAGUAUCCGUUUCUGAAAAACCCAUCCGGUCAAGACUGAUCAGUGCAAGGUUGUUCGCUGCAGUGGACCGUGUCCGUUAAGCCCCGGCAACCCUGUAUACGGCAUGCAUGACUGGAUGAAACUGUAUUAAUUAAGUAAAAAACUGUAUUACGUACGCCACGUACGUACUGCAGUGCAGUAUGCACUAUGCACGUUUGUUCUCGGUAGCUGGUAUACUACACAAGCUUUUUAUGUAUAUAAAUGCGAUAUUAAAAACGUGAAACAG